CGAUCGACGUCCACCUACGUCCUUAUGCCUAUGUCAAUUGGCGAUACUUUGGUCGCGUCGACGUCAAAGCUCGAUUUCACGUUGCUGGACUUCGAAACGAGGAUUUAGUCGCGUUCCGGGGAAUAAUAGGACAGUGGACAAGUAAACGCGGUGUGCCACACGCAAAGUACGAGCAACGGAAUAACGCGAAGAAUAAUGCCUGGUCGAAGUACGAGUCACGAUUUCGUCGAGCGAUAAGUGGCAAGUUCAUGGGCGCGAUGGACAUAUGAAUCGAAACCAUCAUGGGCGUGCUCCAAUUGAUCCUGUUGGUGCUGGCAUCGUCGCGCUACCUCGUGCAUCCGAUCGAUGGUGCCAUUCGCGGCGAGAAGCCAACCAGCGCGGAGACUCAGAAUCAGAAUAAUGUCCUUUCUUCGGGAGCUGCACCUGUCAAGGAUGUCCUGGCGCAGACCGGCGGCAGCGCUAUACUACCCUGUAAAUUCACUGGCCCCGGAAUGGUAACUUGGAUCAGACGGAAAGAUAGGCAACUAUUGACAGUGGGCAGCGACACCCAUGCCAUCGACAAGCGGUUCAAAGUUGACUCGAACAGUACUGACUGGACGCUGCUGAUAAAGAAUAUUAAACGCGACGAUGCUGGGAUGUACGAGUGUCAGAUUCAAACCGAGCCGGUUCGCCAGCAAUUCAUUCGUCUGAACGUCACCGAAGCGUACUCCAUAAUUCCCGGCGGACCGGAUCUUCACGUGAAGCAGGGAUCCAGCCUUCGACUGGAGUGCCAACUGAUUGCAUCCGCGGAAGCGCCGAGCUUCAUCUUUUGGUACAGACAGGGACGCAUGAUCAAUUACGACGACGAACCGGGGGUCAGAGUCGAGGCUACCAAAAACGGUUCCAUUCUGAUAGUGGACAAAGUGAAACUCUCCCACGGCGCCAAUUACACUUGCUCGCCGAGCAACGCCCGGCCAGCGUACAUCAUGAUACACGUGAUCGAAGAGGAGGAAAAACCAGCGGCCAUGCACGGUGGCGAUCGACGAAACGGUACGCGCGGGGCAUCGAUCAACGUCAUGUUGAUUUUUCUGACUUUCAUCGGUAUACAGAGCUCUGGCCGACUCUAUCUGCAACAGUACCACGUCACGUGACCAGCCCACCGGGUCAACAUCGUCACCGAAUUAGUAGCAUCCACGGGAACUUGAACAUUUCUGACACCUUUCUCUCCUAUCUAACCGUCGUUCGUCCGACCCGUGUUUAUUUUCGCGGUACAACGUAGAAUAAUGGACGAUAAGCGUCGACAGGAAGCUGGAAAACAAACACCAGGUGCGUCGCUGAUAUCAACAGCCCUCGGGCGUCAGAAACCCGCGAAUGGUUCCGUUUCUUGGAAACGUUUUACUACUCGAACGCGGGAACUAGCUUAAUCCGAAACUGGAGAAAUUGCAGCUUAAAGUAACAAUAACGAGAAAACGGUAUCCGACUUGGCGCGUAGGUGGACCCUUCCUUCGCGACACGGUCAAUUCACGGGAAACUUUCGAAACAGUUUCGAGAUUCCGUCGGAGCAAUUUGAGGUUCGACGGACCACUCGACGCGGUUAUUACGAGACGAGAGACUUUCGGACGAAACUUUUUACGACGAGCUUUCGAUCAUAAAGUUGGGACGAAAUUAAUUGGUCGCUCGAGGCUACUUCCCCGGCUGUGAUUUCUGCCGUUCGAAGGGAAUACGUUCAACGAACCCCUACUCGAUUAGCUUACGGCUGUUCCCAAAUACAUUACUUUUUAAAUUAUCGUCAAAGAACAUGCAGAGAAUAAUAGUAUUUUCCCGGUAAAUUCAGUAUGGAAUCUUCACCUAUGUAUGCUAUAUUUAUAUUCGAUUGUUCUUAUAAAACAGCAGCGCCAGGUUAUUCGGUCCUGACUACGAAAUCUCGAUCUCGGAUACGUUUCUAAAAUUAAAUAUCAAACGAUUGAUUGGUAAUACAAAUUCCUACUCCUUGACGAGCUAACAAAGCUCCGUUACACGAUAAACGCGAAGGAAUA